AUGACCAGCCCCUGUCAAACUGUGCUGAUUUUGGGAGUCCUUGUGGCCCUGGUUUCAAGGAGUGCCCAAGUCUGGGGAUCACCAAAGGUGGUGAGAAAAUUCCAAGAUAUCCCCGAUACCUAUGUCUACAUGCAGCAGGCACUCUGGUAUGCCAUGAAGGAGUACAACAAAGCCAGUAAGGACAAGUACAUCUUCAGGGCCAUGAAAGUCCUCAAGUCCCAGGAACAGAUCACCGAUAGCUUAGAAUACUAUAUUGAAGUAGAAAUUGCCCGAACAAUGUGCAAGAAAAUCUCAGGCGAAAAUGAAAACUGCUUAUUUCAAAAAGAUCCAAAAAUGCAAAAGGUGGUAUUUUGCACCUUCAUUGUUGCAUCUAAACCCUGGAAAUUUGAACUCAGCAUACUGAAGAAACAAUGCAAAGAUGUCUAA